AUACUAAUGUAUAACUAAUAAAGUUCAGGGGUUUAAAGUGCAAAAACAGCGAGGAUCAAGGGUAACUUGCGGAACACCCCUCAAGUUCAGGGGUUAAAUUGCAAAUUCGCACUUUAAUUUAACCGAAAAAUGCCCCUCACUUUUCCAAUACAGUGAACAGGUGAGCAUUUCCGGCGAUUCUCUCCGUUUUUUAGAUCUUGCGCGAGACGGGAAUAACUAGAUAGGAACACAAUGCAUCCUCAUUUGACGAUCCACAGGCAUCCAAUGUGUGCUGAAAUUAUCGAGCAGUUCCAGAAAUGCCAUACAGACCAUCCUUUUGGAAAGUUUUUUGGCGAAUGCACUGAUCUUAAACUUAAGCUCGAUAAAUGUUUUCGACAAGAGAAAGCCGUGAAGAGGAAGGCAAAUUUUGAAGAGAGCAAAAAAUUGAAAGAGAGAUUGAGAGCAUACAGGAAGGGAAGUUCUGAGAUGAGAGAGGAAGAAAUUUCUGCAUAGGUUAAAUCUUUAUUACCAAGCUAUCAGAGCUACGUAUAUCGAGGGCUUGCUGCUUUAAUAUGCAGAUUGUAUUUAUGCAGUCCUUUUGUUUGCUCAAAUGUCUAAAUAACAUAAAUCGAACUUCAUAUGCCAUAGUCGCGACGGCCUUGAACCCAGUCGCUGUAAUAUAGUAUUAUAUGAGGGUUCGUUUUGUUAGAAUUCUCUAAAUAAUAAUACAAUUUCCUGGAUACGUCAUCAAAAAUUCUCGAAAUAGAAUUUGGUUAGAAAAGAUUGUUGUGAUCGUUUCUUAUACAUAUAUAUUUUGUGUUUUUUUUUUUGUUCUUAGCUGCUUCGCUAGUAAUUCCAAUCAUUGUAAUUUUCAUAAUUAGACCUUACCUCCGGGCGUUUCUCGUAAUUUGCCCUAUAUUCUAAGUUCCCGUUUGGUAAUCUAAUGAAACCCAAUUAUUUUA